AUGCUACUAUAAAAUUCUGAUUAGGUGAUUGAAAAUGAAAGCAAAAACAUUGAUAUUAAUAGAAAUGAAAAUGAUGAUAAAGAUAUUUAAAAUUAAGAAAAAAAGCAUUCUAAAACUCAUGAUGACAAGUAGGGAAUUAGAAAAAGUCACAAGAAAAAAAAAACUUCAAAAAUGUAAUAAACAGCAAUAAGGUAGAUAAAUGAAUAAAUUAUAAAGCCAGUUCCUUCAAAUGGCUAACCAUUAACAGAAGUUAAAUUAGGCAUUAUGCAAAAAUUAAAAUUGCUUUUUUUGUAUGUGCAAAUAACUAUAAAAAGCUAUUUUGAUUCAGUAACGAAAAAGAUUUACAGUAAAAGUUUGAAAGGAGAGUAUAAAAGAAGAUAGUAUUCUAUGAAAUUUUUUCCAUUAGAUGAUGUAGAGAUGUGUCUUGAUGAAUAUAUUUAUAAAUUUGAAAGAAUGGACAUAAAAGAAGGUUUUAAUAAAAAAACUGAAAAUGAUGAAGAAUCAGAUGAUGAAGAUGAUUAAGAAGUUUUAGAGAGAUAGAAUGAUAGAGCAAAAUAUUUUUAAUUUUGGUAAUGGAAUUACAUGUUUACUGACAAUAAUGAUAAAGGUUAAGAAAAAAAUAUGAAUAAAGAACCUGGUGAAUACUAAGACGAAGAGGAAGAGUUGAGUUCAGAGGAUGAUGAUGACGAUGAUGAGGAAGAAGACGACGAUGAAGAAGAUGAUUAAAUGAAAAAUCAUCUUAAAAUAUAAACAUAAUUUAGUAUAAAACUGAAAGAUACAAAAAAAGAAUAUAUUAUUCUUAAGAAAGAUGUUAAAGCCAUACAAAAGUAAUUUAAAAUAAAUAAAAAAGAAAUUAAAAAAAUAGAAAAUGGGACUGCCAGGCUUAUAGAUUUACAUUAAAAACUACGAGAAGAUUAUAUAGAGCUAGUAAAAAGAAAUAAAAUGUUACUGAAGCACUAAAAGUAAGUAUUUGAAGUAAAGGAUAGUAUUUAGCAUGUUCAUCUCAGGCAGUAUUGA